AUGGUCGCGGCUCAGAAAAAGCUUGCGAAAAUAAAACAAGUGAGUCAAAGUUCGAGACCGGAAGAGACGAGUGACAUAUUUUCCAUGUUAUCGGAACUGCUCAAGCCAAUUAAUGAGAGACUCGAUGAUAUUAACCAGCAGUUGGUCACUUCAAACCAAAAUCUGGCAAUGCAGCAGCAACAGAUUGCUGAGUUAACUAAGAAAGCAGUGCAAGCAGAUGAGAAAAUAAAGGAGACAGCACAUGACACCAAGAAAGUUAAAAAGAAGGUGGGAGUGUUGGAACAGAGGCACGAUUCCCAGGAAAGAAGGCUUUUGAACUUAAAUAAAUGGGAGAAAAUUGACUCGGUUUUAAAAGCUGAAGAAUGGGUGAAACGGCAUCUUGGACAGACAGAAGAGGAGCAGCUGCAACAAGGAGGCGGAGCAGAUACAGCAGAGAAGGACUCGGAAGAAGACCUAGGAGCAGUGGGCGGUGUACCAAUUAAAGAAACUUACAAAUUAAGACUUAGAAAACCAAAAACGCUUCCUCAGAAGAGAGUACAGGAACCAUACCUUCACUUAUCCAAAGGAUUCAAUAAAGUCAACAUGAUUUCUCAUCAAGCACCAAAGCUGAAGCUCUUUGUUUUAACAGGUAAAAAAGGAGAAAUGAGGGGGCACAGCCAAGGUAGACAGAAUGAAACAAGAGUGUUGGAUUUUAUCCUCCUUGGCUUCCCUGGAUCUUUGUAUUUAAAAUCGUUCAUCUUUGCACUCUUUUUAGUCAUGUAUAUUCUGACAAUAAUGGGAAAUCUAGCCAUUGUUAUCCUAGUGAUAACAAACCGCCGCCUCCACAUUCCCAUGUAUUUCUUCCUUUGCAAUCUCUCAUUCCUGGAGAUAUGGUACACCACAUCCAUUAUUCCUAAGACCCUCGCCAUCAUUCUAGGGAGGAGUAGAAGCAUCUCUUUCACUGGCUGCAUCCUACAGAUGUACUUUGUUUUUGGCUUUGGUUGCACAGAAUAUCUCCUGCUAUCUGCAAUGGCUUAUGACCGAUAUUUGGCCAUAUGUGACCCUCUGCACUACAGUAUCAUAAUGGACCUCAGCCUCUCUGGUAAGCUGGCAUUUAGCUCUUGGCUGUGUGGAUUCCUUGUGAUUUGCAUACCAGCUUUUCUCAUCACAAGACUGUCCUUCUGUGGGCCCAAUGUGAUCAACCACUUCUACUGCAACAUUGAUUCCUGGAUAGUUCUCUCUUGUACUGACACAUAUGUCAUGGAGAUAGCAGAUUUUGUGAUAGCCAUCAUUGUCGUCUUGGGCUCAUGCUCGAUAACCUUUCUUUCUUACAUAUACAUCAUUUCCACCAUUUUGCGCAUCCCUUCCACCAAAGGACAGCGAAAGGCUUUUUCAACGUGCUCUUCCCAUCUUGCCGUUGUCAUGAUAUGGUCUGGUUCCACCAUCUUUCUGUAUGUCAAGCCUUCUAAACAGACAUCUUUAGAGAUGACCAAAAUUGUGAACAUCUUGAAUACUAUUGUGACUCCCUUGCUGAAUCCUUUCAUCUACACACUAAGAAACAAAGAUGUGAAGGAAGCCUUAAAAAAAUUCUUCCAAUGGAGAUGA